AGCAUUGACAGUAAACAGAGUAAUGACACCACCACUUCUAGCAUCAUGCAGCUUGCGUUCCGCGCGGCCGCGGCCGACGAUGCCAUGGAGCUGUAUGCAAGCGGCUUCAACGCCUGGAACCAGCUCAUCUUUGAGCCGUCCAUGAUUGAGGAGGAGCCAGAUGACCUCCACGUCUUUACAAAAGUUCUCGGCGCCCAGACUAUCAGUCGGCCACUCUCGCAUCUCUGCUAUACUGUUGUUCAUUGCGAUGAAAGCAAGUGUCUCGCUGGGUCAUCUCCGAGUGCAACCAUCCUAGACGCCGGUGAAAAGGACAUUUUUGAUCACAUACAUGCCAUCUCGGCGGAUGGUGCGAUUCUCAUUGCCCAAGACCCGACAACUGGAGACACUAGUCAAUCCAUUGCAAGAUAUCCGUCCGCGAGUGCGUGGAAAUCAGGCAUCGAUGGUAGAUCGUGGCCUUGCAAGUCCCCUGUCAGGCAGAUGGCCGCCUACGACGCAGGGUUCGUCAUCUUACACGAGGACGCAUCAGUAUCCACACUCGGAGAUGUUCGUUUCGGGGACUGCUUGGGCCGAGAAGUGGACGAGUCGAGUCCCGCCGAUGAGCCAGGUGUGGUGUCCGACCUCGGCGACCUCGGAGAGCCCGUCAAGAAGGUUGUUGCAGGCGGCUACAGUGUCGCUGCGCUGACGGAGGGAGGAAGCCUAUAUCUUUGGGGCGCCGAGUCAUCGGGUUCCCGUAGUCGACAUCAGACGUUUUCCGACAUUACUAGGAUUCCUAACUAUGUCGAGGUCGAUAGAGACAAGGACGUUGAAGAUGUUGCCCUUGGGGAGUCUCACGGGAUUGCCUUGACAACUGACGGUAGGAUUUACGUUAUUGGCGACAACAACAAUGGUCAACUUGGUGCAGGGAGGGAUUUCACAGGGAUUGCCAGCUCUUGGACCAAGGUUGAGUUCAAAGCUCCAACCGGGUGGAAAGUAGUUGGCGUCGAGGCGGGGCUGAGGUCGUCAUUCAUCCUGACGGCCAAGUCGAAACCCAUAUAGCAUCAGACCCAUGGCACAUACACCCAUACUACCGGAACGAGUUCAUUCAGCCUGUAUGGCCCACUCUAUUGUACAUGCCGUCGCCUAGUACCCAGCCGCGUAGACGCUUCAUAGACUCGUAAGAU